CCCCGGACCCACCGGAGCCCCUCGGAGCCCCCAGAGCCUCCGGUCCCCAGCGCCGGGACCCGCACAGCCCCGGAGCCGCCGCCGGGCCGGCCCCGCCAUGAGAGCCCCGGUGCCGGUGGCGCUGGGUUGCAUCAGCUUAGUGCUGUGUGUGCUGGAGCUGCCCGCCGGCCUGCCCCGGCCCCACGGCAGAGCGCACAGGCGCAGGGACCCCCCGGACCACAUCCCAUCCCUGCUGCCCCCCUUUAUGGACCCUGCAUUGCCGCACGCUGCGGGCACUGCCCGGCACCGGCUGCCUGCACCAUGGCUCCCGCAGGCACAUGUACCACAGCACCGGCUGCCUGCACCAUGGCUCCCGCAGGCACAUGUACCACAGCACCGGUACAGGCACACACGUGGCCGGCGGCACACGCAGCUCCUGCGCGUGGGCUGUGUGCUCGGCACCUGCCAGGUGCAGAACCUGAGCCACCGGCUGUGGCAGCUGCGGGGGCAGCUGGGGCGCCAGGACUCGUCCCCCAUGAACCCCCACAGCCCCCACAGCUACGGGUGAUGGGGACCCCCAGCCCUCGCCCGCAGCCCCCCCGCGUCCCCACUAAAGCACUUCCAGAGUCAAGUGUGGCUGAGCUGCCUCUGCACACCUGUGGGGCCAUGGAGCAUCCCCAUGCGGGCUCCCACCCCAUAGCCAACAGCGACCCCAUGGAGCGGACAUGACAUGAAGUUGGUGGCCCAUGGUGACAGCAAUGGCCCAUGGUGGCCCAUCUGGGGCUGGCGACAUCCGGUCCAAGGGGCACCAAGGAUCCUGCUGACCACAGCAGCCUUGUGCAAGAGCAGCAGCUGCUGACUCAGCACCUCAGCACCCUGCCAUGGGGGGGACACAGCCUGCUGCAGCACCCCAUGGCACUCCUAUGGCACCCUAUGGAAUCCCUAUGGCACCCCAUGACAUCCCUAUGGCACCCCAUGGCACUUCUAUGGCACCCUAUGGAAUCCCUAUG